AUUUCAUGGCGCAUCUUUCACAUUAAUUGUUUACGGGGUCGAAGUUGGUUGUAGAGGCAUAUGAUAUGUCCAGGAAAUGUAACAAUCUGUUCAGCUUAAAUACUGAACAAAAUGGUAUUUCCAAAGAUCUGUCUGACAAAAUUCCAGUAAGUGUAACUCGUAGCGAACAGCAGUCUGACCAGCGAUCUCAUCGACCUAAGAGGGCCUUGUCAAAAUCUAACGAUGACAAUAUUUUAGGUAUUUCAUGGAAAGAAGAACAAGAAUUACGCAAGGCUAUGUAUGUUUCUCUGAGAGAUCAACAGCCGAAUUCUGAUUCCAGCCCAUGCGACCGCCUUAGUUCGUUGCGUUCCGGACUGGCCAACCAAUCACGUAUCGCGGCAUCUAAUAAGUUGAAGUCAGAUGUAUUGAAAUCGCGUUCGGUCAUUCAGUUUAAACAUGUCAGAAAACAAAGUCGUUCAAGGCUAGUAGCUGAAAAUAACACUUUUUCGGAAACUUCUUGUGACAAAGAAAGAUCUAUUAAAAAAGAUGCAGUGAAAUGCGGUUCAGCUCAAAGUAGUAAACCUAGUUCAGCUUGUUCGGGUAGCAAAACAGAAAUAGUUAAAGUUCCACAGACUACCAGUCACAUUCAAUUGCGCAACUUGUACCACAGAAGAAAAUUGGCUGAUGAAUCAAAUAUUAACAACCAUCUGGAUGACAGUAGUCAUAAAGACCAACCUUCGUCUCCCCCGAAAACAAUGGGAGAAGACAGUUCAAAACGUGUUACUGCCGAACCUGAUUGCGGUCAGCGUCCCACUUUAAUUACUGCUUCAAAUUAUUUAAAAUCUGAUCCGUGCGAUACAAAUACUAUUCAGCGAAAACAUACUACAAGAAGGAGAAGUUCCUGUUCAUCACCUUUAGGCAAGGAAUUCCAGUCUGAUCACGUUGAUAAAUUCGCCACAUGUAGCUCUCCAAAGAGAUCAAAACAAAGCUCGAGAAGAAAAUCAAAGCGGUUAAUCAAUCUAGUCAGUCCAGUUAGUCCACUUCCUAGAGAAUCUGAUGAUAACGCAUCUAAGUGUUUUACAAAUGGGGAUUGCUAUCGGGAUUUACAAAUGCUCUUGAAAUUACAAAAUGAACCUAUUCCCCUGAACUUUGGCAGGACCCUACUGGUCGACCUGUUUCAGUUCAUGAUUUUAUCGACUUUGUAUGCUUCCAUGAUUGCUCAAGUCCUAAUAAUAAGAAUGCAGAAUGGUUCUCCAUUCCAUACACCUUACGAAGACAACCUGCUGGACAAACUUCACGAAGUAAUCCUAAAUCACCUAAUUCGUGUAUUAGUUCACUGAAAAGAAAGCAUGUUAAAAGGUGUAAUGUUGCAUCCCACUGUGAAAAUAACAAUACAGUGAAUUCAUCUCCUGUAUGUAUCAGUGUUACGAAUUCACAACCUACGAAAUCUUUACCAGUCACCAGGUCAACUGUUUUCUGUGUAGCCAAGAAACUGGCCUACAUUCAACCAUCACGAAGCACUUAUCCUGCUUGCACACCCACUUCUUCCUCCUUGAAAAUGGUAGUUAACGAUGGUGAUCAGCCUCCUGUUGAAUAUCAUCCAUCUACUGGUGACAACAAAUCUUCCCAAACUACUGUUAAACCUCCAGUUGCAUCACAUCUGUCUAGUAGACAAAGG